AUGACUGAACACUGCCUCCAAAGCAAUCGGGAAUUCCCUACGAACCUUGCUUCCAUCGUAAUAGCUAUGUUGGACGGUCAUUCAUACAACCGAGCCAUGCUAUGCGACAGUCUGCAAUUCACAAAAAAUUUGGUGCAUAUUUUCAUUAUUAUGAAUCGAUCUACAUGUGCAUUUUAUCGCAAAUCAGGUGUGCUGAAGAAAAACGUGGAAGGCAGACGAAUAGUGCUGGUUGACGAUUCGAUAGUUCGAGGGAAUACCAUGCAAGUGCUGGUGCAAAUGCUGUUGAACGCGGGAGCAAAAGAGGUAGCGGAUGUUCAUUUGCGGAUCGCAUCACCUCCAGUGAAAUUCCCGUGUUUUAUGGGCAUCAAUAUACCCACUGCUGAUGAAUUAUUAGCGAGUAACAAAGACUUAGAUGAAAUAACUGAAUAUUUUGGAGCUACAUCCGUAGGUUAUCUGUCUGUGGAUGGAUUACGAGAGGCUGUGGAAUCAGGGAUUGAAAAAUCAGAGAACUUCGAUAUCGGUCAUUGUACAGCUUGUCUCACUGGAGAAUACCCAACGGCAAUAGAAAUCUAG